CAAGAUUUGUCCCUUCUUUGACGCCGUUUAGUGACGUACAUCCGGAGUCUGCGGCCGGCUGAAAGAAGUAGACAUGGGUCAGAGUCAGAGUGGUGGACAUGGCCCAGGAGGUGGCAAAAAAGAUGAUAAGGAUAAGAAGAAGAAAUAUGAGCCACCAGUACCAACCAGAGUUGGUAAGAAGAAAAAGAAAACAAAGGGACCAGAUGCUGCCAGUAAACUGCCUCUUGUAACACCACAUACACAGUGUAGGCUGAAGUUACUGAAGCUGGAAAGGAUUAAAGAUUAUCUCCUAAUGGAAGAAGAAUUCAUCAGAAACCAAGAGCAAAUGAAGCCUCUUGAGGAGAAGCAGGAGGAGGAGCGAUCAAAAGUAGAUGAUCUUAGAGGAACUCCCAUGUCAGUUGGUACUCUUGAGGAGAUAAUUGAUGAUAACCAUGCCAUUGUAUCUACGUCAGUGGGAUCGGAGCAUUAUGUCAGUAUUCUCUCCUUUGUGGAUAAGGACCUACUUGAACCAGGAUGUUCUGUUUUAUUAAACCACAAAGUGCACGCAGUGAUUGGUGUACUCAUGGAUGACACAGAUCCACUGGUAACAGUGAUGAAAGUGGAAAAAGCUCCUCAGGAGACCUAUGCAGAUAUUGGAGGGCUUGAUAACCAAAUACAAGAAAUCAAGGAAUCUGUGGAACUUCCCCUAACUCACCCAGAAUAUUAUGAGGAGAUGGGCAUAAAACCUCCAAAAGGAGUCAUUCUGUAUGGCCCCCCUGGCACAGGUAAAACAUUGCUGGCCAAAGCAGUUGCAAAUCAGACCUCUGCCACUUUUCUCAGAGUUGUGGGCUCAGAACUUAUUCAGAAAUACCUAGGAGAUGGCCCAAAACUUGUCCGGGAACUGUUUAGAGUAGCUGAGGAACAUGCACCCUCCAUUGUGUUUAUUGAUGAGAUUGAUGCGAUUGGUACAAAGAGAUAUGAUUCCAAUUCUGGUGGGGAACGUGAAAUUCAGAGAACAAUGUUAGAGCUUCUCAAUCAGUUGGAUGGGUUUGAUUCACGAGGAGAUGUCAAAGUCAUUAUGGCAACAAAUAGGAUAGAAACACUGGACCCAGCACUGAUCAGACCAGGCAGAAUUGAUAGGAAGAUUGAGUUUCCGUUGCCUGAUGAGAAGACAAAGAAAAGAAUUUUCCAAAUUCAUACCAGCCGAAUGACUUUAGCUGAUGAUGUCACAUUGGAUGACCUGAUUAUGGCCAAAGAUGACCUCUCUGGAGCAGAUAUAAAGGCUAUUUGCACUGAAGCUGGUCUGAUGGCAUUAAGGGAGCGUAGAAUGAAGGUCACCAAUGAAGACUUCAAGAAAUCAAAAGAGAAUGUCCUCUAUAAGAAGCAGGAGGGCACCCCAGAGGGGCUUUAUCUUUAGUAUUCUUCCUCAAUUUACCUCCCUCCCCUCAUAAUGAAAAUGGAAAGUAUGUGGAUUCGUGUACAUUAAGUUUGCUGUAUCUGGUUGCUUUUAACAAGUGUAAUCAACCAAUAUACUCAGUGGCCAAGAUCCUUUAUGCCUUCAUAUGUGUAAGAGCUCAGUCUGUAGUGGCCCAGGUGGUUUGAGACAGCUGUUAAAUAUGCAUUUUCAAAAUAAAAAUGCUUCUUUAAAUGCUUA